AUGUACUCAAUCGCUCGUUCACUCCGAUCACCCUCGACCCUCUCUCCUCUGCGAAAUGUCGCCAGAACCACUUCUCCCCUUCUCACCUCGAAACGAUUCAACAGUGGAAAGGUAUCAGGACCAGUGAUUGGUAUCGAUCUUGGUACCACCAAUUCUUGUGUAUCCAUCUUCGAAGGUGGUGCUCCCAAGGUAUUAGAGAAUGCUGAAGGUGCCCGAACGACACCAUCCGUCGUUGCUUUCACCAAAGAUGGAGAACGAUUAGUUGGUCAACCGGCUCGACGACAAGCUGUCGUUAACGGUGAAAACACCAUCUUCGCAUCUAAGCGAUUGAUCGGCCGAAAGUUCAAGGACGCUGAGGUGCAGAAGGAUAUCGGUAACGUGCCCUUCAAGAUCGUUGCUCACACCAACGGUGAUGCUUGGGUUGAGGCUCGAGGCGAGAAAUACUCCCCAUCCCAGAUCGGUGCUUUCGUCGUCGGUAAGAUGAAGGAUACCGCUGCCGCCUACCUCGGUAAACCCGUCAAGCACGCUGUUAUCACUGUCCCUGCCUACUUCAACGAUUCUCAACGACAAGCUACCAAAGAUGCCGGUUCCAUCGCUGGUCUUGAAGUCCUCCGAGUCAUUAACGAGCCCACUGCUGCUGCUCUUGCCUACGGUCUCGACAAAUCCGAUUCCGCCGUUAUCGCCGUUUACGAUUUGGGAGGUGGUACUUUCGAUAUCUCCAUCCUCGAGAUGCAAAAGGGAGUCUUCGAGGUCAAAUCCACCAACGGUGACACCCAUCUCGGUGGUGAAGAUUUCGAUAUUGCCCUUGUCAACCACAUCCUUGCUGAAUUCAAGAAGGAAACCGGUAUCGACGUUUCCAAGGACCGAAUGGCCAUUCAACGUAUCCGAGAGGCCGCUGAGAAAGCUAAGGUUGAAUUGUCCAGUGCCGGUGCUACCGAUGUUUCCCUUCCUUACAUCACUGCCACCGCCGAGGGUCCUCAACACAUCAACUUGAACUUGACCAGAGCUCGAUUCGAAUCUAUCGUCAAGCCACUCGUGGACCGAACCAUUGAACCAUGUAAGAAAGCUUUGAGCGAUGCUGGUGUCAAAGCUUCCGAGAUCAACGAAGUCAUCUUAGUUGGUGGUAUGUCUCGAAUGCCCAAGGUCGUCGAAACCGUCAAGUCUGUCUUCGGUCGAGAACCAAGCAAGGGUGUCAACCCCGAUGAGGCCGUUGCUAUCGGUGCCUCUAUCCAAGCCGGUGUUCUUGCCGGUAACGUCACCGAUAUCCUCCUUCUCGAUGUCACUCCUCUUUCCCUCGGUAUUGAAACUCUCGGUGGUGUCUUCACUCGAUUGAUCAACCGAAACACCACCAUCCCAACUAAGAAAUCUCAAACCUUCUCUACGGCCGCUGAUGGACAAACCGCCAUCCAAGUCAAAGUGUACCAAGGUGAACGAGAAUUGGUCCGAGACAACAAACUACUCGGUGACUUCCAACUUACUGGUCUCCCUCCCGCCCCCAAAGGUGUCCCUCAAAUCCAGAUCUCCUUCGACAUUGAUGCCGAUGGUAUCGUCAACGUAUCUGCCAUUGACAAGGCCACCAACCGAGAGCAAUCCAUGACCAUCGCCUCGUCCUCUGGUCUUGCCGACUCUGAAAUCGAACAAAUGAUUGCUGACUCCGAGAAAUACGCCGAGGCCGAUAAAACCCGAAGACAGAUCAUUGAAGAAGCCAACCGAGGUGAAAGCUUCGUCACUGAUACUGAGAAAUCCAUGGCCGAAUUCGAGUCUCAACUCGACAAAGAGGAACGAGAGAAGGUCAAGAAACUCCUCGGAGAGCUUAGAGAGAUCUCAGCCAAGGGUGCUGCCGGUGAUGCUACUGUUAAACCUGAAGACAUCAAGGCUGCUUUAGAUGCCGCUCAACAAGCUUCUCUUGGUUUGUUCCAAAAGGUUUACGAAAAGCGAAACGCUGAGUCUCGAGGUUCUGAAAGCUCAUCUGACUCUGCCUCUUCAUCGGAAUCGGAAUCAUCAUCUUCUGAAGGUGAGAAGAAGCAAUAA